UCUUUAGUCUUUAGUGUUUCAAACGAAUUAGAGAAUUGAUAAUUACUUUUUUUGAGCUAAUAAAAAUGACAAUGGGAAAUGAAUCUCCGAGAUUGCUUCUUCUCGUAAUUUUUCUCUUGGCGAUUCAACUCCGAGUUAACCCAGUCGUUGGGAUCUGCGAACACAGCUUCAUUGACCGCCACAAGCUCUACAACUUCACCCUGGCUUCUCCUCUGCCUAGUUUCCCCCAUGGCGUCCUCAGUGAAGACGGGUUUUAUAAGGUGACUGUGAAUGAGACUGUGCUUUGGUUUCAGCUUUGCGGUAGAAUGGUUUUUAACCACGACCCGCCCGGAUGUGCUGAGUGCUCGGAUUGUGGAGGCCCAUCACGCUGUGGAAUGGAAUGUAGUGCGUUAGUGGCUAAAAGUGCUGGGGGUUAUCACGUAUGCACUACUAUUGGACAGGUUUCAAGUACAGAUGUUAGCAUCCUUGACAAGCUGAAUCCUUUCAAAGGUGUCAUUGUUAGAAUGUCGAGCAGUGGAAAAGAGCACAAUUGUUCACUCUCUGUCUCAAUCCUUUGCGAUUCAACUGGAGCUCAAGGGCCAGAUUCAAUGGAGAAACUGGGGACUUGUGAAUAUGCCACAACGCUGCGGCAUCCUUCUGCGUGUGCAACAAUCAUAUCCAUUCAUGGGAAAGGGUUUGGUUGGUUUGGUACCUUGCUGAUCCUUAUCAUAUGCCUCUUUGGAGCCUAUAUGCUUGCUGGUACUGUUUAUCGAUAUGUUUUCCUUGGAGUUCACGGUAUAGAAGCAGUUCCCAACUUGGAUUUCUGGGUCAGCUUACCGCAUAGAACGCAGAUGUAUCUAUCUUCUUUGGUGCGGCAGUUUAGGGGACCUUCAGCCAGUCAAGGAGGAUCCUAUUCUCAAGUCCAUUUUUGAGCAGCUGCAAUUUUGUUCCAUGGUAGUCUGUAGCCUGCAAAACUGCGAAUGAUUGUGCCGGGAUUGAUUUUCUGAUGAUCCGUUCUCCCACUUCUUCGUUCUGAUUUCAUUUUAGAUUUUUUCAUCAAAACUAAGUAGAAAGCCUGUACAUUCUUAAUUUGCGCAGGCUGAGACUUGAGC